UUGCCCGAGUCUUUGUGUUUGCCAGCUACGUUUCCAGAAUUCAUAGCAGUCGGACCAACUUCUUCACCCUCCCCAUCUCCCCCACCUCACCCUUAAAAUACUUCAAAAUACGCAAUGGCAGAUUCAACUUGAUGAAGAUUCGAACCCCCACACACAACCCUCUCAUUCUCUCUUUCUCACAUCAACAACUUUAUUACCCUCGCUCUGAACUAUCUGCGCAGCGCACUACGCCCUGCUUCCAGACGCUCCGCUGUGUCUUUUCGUGUUUGGUUUUCCUGCUUUGUCUGCAUUUGUGGUGGUUCACCUGCCUUCCACGCUUUUCUGUUCUCAAAUCAAAACCAUGUUUCUUAUCACAUCCUAAACGUAUUUCUUUCCCAAACAUUUGCCCUCUUUGAUGCAUCUCAACCACACCACCCCCCCUUCCCAAAGCUAAGCAAACAACUCCCUGUUUUGAAAAGUCUUUUCAGAAUUGGGUUUUUCCUUUUUCGAAUUUUGUAUUAACUGUAUUCAAUUCUGUUUCAAACUUUGCUCGUUUUGAAUUUCUGAUGUUCUCGGCCUACUCGCAAUCGAUCUGCAAGCUCGAUGGUUCUUAAACGAUCAGCUUUUAUCGUCAUUAUUCUAUAGAACAGUGGAAGUGUUUCACUCUCUGCCUCUCGCUCUUUUGUUCGUUUGCGUCCUCGUUCGUUCCUUUCCCAAAGCGCUGUACUUGUAGGCGUUUCUUUCUGCAUUCGCUGCUUUCUGUCUCAAGUCUUCGGUUUCGCUCGAACAAUGAUCUUAUUAAAAAGUUGAGACCUCUGCUUAUGGAUCUGGAAAGCGGAGUUUAUCCGAAAUACGCCAAGAAGGAAUCAUGGAAGACAGUUCUGACUCUAGCUUUUCAAAGUCUUGGUGUUGUCUAUGGUGAUUUAAGCACUUCACCUCUUUACGUGUAUAGGAACACUUUUGCUGAAGAAGACAUUGAGCAUUCAAAGACCAACGAAGAGAUAUAUGGCGUUCUGUCAUUCGUUUUCUGGACCCUUACCAUUGUCCCUUUGCUCAAAUAUGUAUUUAUUGUGCUCAAAGCCGACGAUAAUGGUGAAGGAGGGACUUUUGCUCUCUACUCAUUGUUGUGUCGACACGCCCGAGUCAGCUCGCUGCCCAAUGUUCAAGCAGCAGACGAGGAGCUAGCUGAGUACAAGAAGGAAAGCAUAAUUUUACCACCCAAAAAAAGCUUCGCAUGCAAGCUGAAAUCCUCGUUAGAAACGUAUAAGGUAUUGCAGAGAUUUUUGCUCAUUCUGGCGUUGAUUGGGACAUGUAUGGUGAUUGGCGAUGGCAUCCUAACGCCUGCUAUUUCUGUUUUUUCCGCUGUCUCUGGGCUGGAGUUUACGAUGUCAAAAGAGCAUCAUAAAUAUGUGGAAGUUCCAGCUGCGUGCAUCAUACUGAUAGGCUUGUUCGCCCUUCAACAUUAUGGAACCCACAGGGUCGGAUUCUUGUUUGCUCCUAUAGUUACAACAUGGCUUUUGUGCAUUUGUGCAAUUGGUUUAUACAAUGUCAUUCACUGGAACCCUCAUGUUUAUCAAGCACUUUCACCUUAUUAUAUGUUCCAAUUCUUGAAGAAAACACAAAGAGGAGGUUGGAUGUCACUAGGAGGGAUUCUGCUUUGUAUAACUGGUUCAGAAGCUAUGUUUGCUGAUCUUGGACACUUUUCACAAUCAUCCAUCCAGAUGGCAUUUACCUUCAUGGUCUAUCCAUCUUUGGUUCUAGCUUAUAUGGGACAGGCUGCCUAUCUUUCUCAACAUCAUUCGAUACCAAGUGAUUAUCGAAUUGGAUUCUAUAUAUCUGUUCCAGAGAAGUUACGAUGGCCUGUUCUGGUAAUUGCCAUACUUGCUGCUGUAGUAGGAAGCCAGGCCAUUAUCACUGGAACUUUCUCGAUCAUUAAGCAAUGUUCUGCAUUGAAUUGCUUCCCCAGAGUCAAAAUAGUUCAUACAUCAUCUAAAAUGCACGGUCAAAUUUAUAUCCCUGAGAUAAAUUGGAUCUUGAUGCUGUUAUGCCUGGCUGUAACAAUUGGUUUCAGAGAUACAAAGCGCUUGGGUAAUGCAUCAGGCUUGGCAGUAAUCACAGUGAUGUUGGUCACUACCUGCUUAAUGUCUUUAGUCAUUGUCCUUUGCUGGCACCGGAGUGUUGUCCUUGCAAUUUGCUUUGUGCUCUUCUUUGGCUCUAUUGAAGCCAUGUAUUUUUCAGCUUCUCUCAUUAAGUUUCUAGAAGGAGCAUGGGUUCCCAUCGCGCUUGCUAUGGUCUUCAUGAUUAUUAUGUAUGUCUGGCACUAUGGGACACUGAAGAAGUACGAAUUUGAUUUUCAAAACAAGGUCUCAAUCAAUUGGUUGCUUAGUGCGGGAUCCAGCCUGGGCAUUGUACGUGUCCGUGGGAUUGGCAUUGUGCAUACUGAACUUGUGUCAGGAAUCCCAGCAAUAUUUUCACACUUCGUCACCAACCUUCCUGCCUUUCACCAGGUCCUUGUUUUUCUUUGCAUCAAAUCUGUCCCAGUUCCACACGUUCAACCUGAAGAGCGUUUCCUAGUUGGUCGAAUUGGGCCUGAUGAGUUUAGGUUGUAUAGGUGCAUUGUUCGAUAUGGAUACAGAGAUGUGCACAAGGAUGAUACAGAGUUUGAAAAGGAUCUUGUAUGUAGUAUAGCUGAGUUGAUUAGGUCGGAGAACAUGGAAUCCAGUUGUGAUGAUAUUUUGAAGGAAAAUGACAAAAUGACAGUAGUUGGAACGUGUUGUACGCAUACGGAUGGAAUUCAAAUGAAAGAGGAUGAUGAAGAGUUCGGUGGAACAUCGGAGCAGAGGGAAAUAAGGUCACCGAGGAAGAGGGUGAGGUUUAUUCUCCCAGAGAGUCCAAAAAUUGAGCAGACAGCAAUGGAGGAACUGCAGGAGCUAAUGGAAGCAAGGGAAGCAGGAGUUGCAUACAUUUUGGGUCGCGCGCACACGAAAGCAAAGCAAGGAUCGAGCAUGAUAAGAAAGCUUAUAAUUAAUUAUGGGUAUGAAUUGUUGAGGAGGAAUAGCAAGGGACCAAACUACCCCCUCAAUUCACCACAUGCGUCUACUCUGGAGGUAGGAAUGAUGUACCAUCUCUGAAUACCCCACACCCACCUAAAAUCUGUAUCAACUGUACAUGUAGUGUCAUCCUAUUCACACUAAAUCUCAACACUUGUAUAUUUGUUCUUUAUUUUGAAUCCGAGGCACUGUUUUGAGUCUUGCACCAAUUACCAUUUAAUUGAUAAUGUGGCCCCACGGAAUGAUACCUCACACAUCUUCUCAAAA